GGGUAACUCUUUUGCAUUUCACCUUCCUCUUCUUUUUCUAUCAUUUAUGAUACCCUCCAUUUUUUUUUCACGAAGAUCAAGAUCAUUUUCUCUCACUAAUCCCAUCACUCGUAAAAAAAAUUACGGCAGGAGGAAGCCGAGGAACAUCCCCACAAAAAUAUUAUUAAUAAAUCAGAAAAUCACUUUCUCCAAAUAGUACUACUUACUAAUUUAAUACAUUUUUUCCCUUUAUUUUCUUCCAUGUACUAUAAUUUUCUUUUUCUUGUUAGUUCUGCUGUAUCAUGCUUUGCUUUGGUUUGCUCCUUCUUCUUUCCUGGAGCCAUCUACUAUCCAGAUAGUUCCAAAAUUCAUCUUCUUAAUGUUGGAUUAAUACAAAUUCACUUCUGAUUUCAAGCCAAUUUCAUAAUUUAAUCAGUUUGCACAUUGCCAAGGGCUAUAUAAAAGUUGGUUACUUGAAGAGGGGUUUGAUGGGUUGAGGCUUAUGUUCAAGCAAAUGAUGGAUACUAGCAGUGAUCCUGGUGAAAACCAAUUUUUUGAUGCCCUUGAGGAAAUUUCUUCGAAUUCUGAUUCGGGUUUUGAUUGUUUCUGUUCGAAUUCAGCUUGUGGAGCUUGUUGUUCUGUUUCUAGUAGUGCUCAAUUUGAUGUGUGGAUACAAAAUCCCGAAAGUGUUCAGGCUCGUCGUAGUAAAUUCUUUAAUUGGUUAGGGUUGGAUGUAAAUAAGAUUUCGGGUGAUCAUAUCGACGGAAGUUGUGAUCCCGAAAAAGAGGAUGAUUGGAUUGAUACAAGUUUUGAGUGUGAGUUUUCUUCAAGUAGGUGUCCUGUAUCUUUCUGUAGUAGGGAUGAUUCAGAGCUUUCUAAAAAUCUGAUUCAUAAAGAGAGUAUGAAUGUGGGAAUGCCCAAUGUGGGCGGUGACAACCGAGAAACUAGUGCAGCUGACGCUGAACAAUCUGAGCGUAGUUCGAGUUCUUCCUCAUGUGCUGAUUUCUCACAUGAUAAAUACUCUACAGCGAGCUCCUCAGUGGGGCCCUCGAAGAGGGUUAAGAAAUGGUGGAUGAACAGAUUGCGUAGCCUAAGUUGUGUCAUGGAGGGAGAACACGAUCUAUAUAAUUGUGAUUCGUCUGCUGGAGGCAGAAUUCAGAGAGUGAAGGUUCAUCAAUCCAAGAAGCAAUCAAAUGAGCUUUCGGCGCUUUACUAUGGUCAGAAUAUCCAAGCUCAUGAAGGUGCAAUUUUGACAAUGAAAUUCAGUCCCGAUGGGCGAUUCCUGGCUAGUGCCGGGGAAGACAGAAUUGUGCGAGUGUGGCAAGUGGUGGAGGACGAUAGAUCAAAUGAGCUAGACAUCCCCGAAACAGACCCGUCCUGUGUUUACUUCACGAUGAAUCAUCUCUCCGAGUUAAACCCAUUUAGCACCGAUAAAGAGAAAAGCGGAAAAUUGAAGAGAACUCCCGACUCAGCUUGUGUGAUCCUUCCUCCAAAGGUGUUUCGGAUAAUGGAGAAACCACUACAUGAAUUUCAAGGCCAUUCUAGUGAAGUCUUGGAUCUUUCAUGGUCCAAAAGUGAUUGUCUCUUGUCUGCAUCAGUGGAUAAAACUGUUCGUUUGUGGCGAGUGGGGAUCAAUCAUUGCCUUAAAGUCUUUCCACAUAAUAACUAUGUGACUUGUAUUCAGUUUAAUCCUGUUGAUGACAAUUGCUUUAUUAGCGGGUCUAUAGAUGGAAAGGUUCGCGUUUGGGAAAUCUCACACUGCAAAGUAGUCAAUUGGAUCGAAACGAAAGACAUAGUUACUGCAGUUUGUUAUCGCCCUGAUGGCCAGGGUGGAAUUAUUGGCUCGCUUGCUGGGAGUUUCCGUUUUUACAACAUAUCAGAUGAUCAAUUGGAGGUAGAGGCCCCGGUCUUUUUGGACAAUAAGAAAAAGUCGUCUGGGAAACGGAUAACUGGUUUCCAGUUCUUCCCGCAAGAUCCAAGCAAAGUGAUGAUCUCAUGUGCUGAUUCACAAGUUAGGAUUCUGCAAGGGGCGAAUGUGAUCGGCAAAUUUAAGGGCCAACGGAGAACUGGAGCUCACUGCACAGCGUCUUUCACCGCUGACGGAAAGCAUAUAGUUGCUGCAUCUGAAGACGCAAAUGUCUACGUAUGGAAAUGCAAUGAUCGGGACUAUACGGACUCGUCACGCAUAAAGAAGAUCAAAUCUUCCGAGCGAUUCCUCUCAAAUGCAUCGGUUGCACUACCUUGGCCAGGGUUACAAAACGAAAACAACCGAAAUCAGUGGCACAGUGGUGCGUUCAAUGGUUUAAAUCAUGGUUCACAGCCUUACUUCUCACCACCCCAUUUUUCUUGUAAGCAAGAUUUCUUCUUAGAGUUAUAUUAUCCUAAAGGUGCAGCAUUAUGGCCCGAGGAAAAGCUCGUCUCUUCAAGCCCGUCUUCCUUAACAUCUUCAAUGCACAAAUCUGAGUACAGAUUCCUGAAAACAUGUCAGAGCAGAACAGAUUCUGAUGCUUGGGGUAUGGUUAUUGUUACUGCUGGAUGGGAUGGAAAGAUCAAGUCAUUCCAUAAUUAUGGACUACCGGUACCCCAUUAAAAUUCCUCGUUCGACAUUCUUUUCAUGGAACGUUGGAAAACCCAGUUGGUAAAUCGCACUUUUCAGACGGGGAUAACCGAUGAUAGAAUGCUAAUAUCGGGAAAAUCCCGAACACAAUCAUAUGAUUCUUCUCUUGAUUACCCAUCAAGAAUUUGCUUGAGCUGGCCCAGAAAAGAGAAAUGCAUGUGCUUAAUUUUGGCUAUUUUAAGAUUGCAUAUCCAUGUGAUAGGAGCAUAUUUAAGCUUUGUGGGGCCAUAAGUGGAACCUCUUUUGAUCUCUUCCUCUUAAAUUUGUGUGGAAGUUGAUAGCAAAGCUGGUGGGUAACCCUUGGCUUUUAAGCUAUAUUGGCUGUUCUAGAAAUGAUUUAAAUUAUCCUGUCCGCCAUUUGAAUAACGACCCCAUGGCUAGGCCCGGUGGCAUUUGGGUUAGUAGGAAGGGAAAAAAGUCGGUGGUACCCAAUGGGCUCGACUCUUUGCCCCCGGUGCUGAAAAUUGAGAUCAACCCAUGUUCCUGUUUGGUUGCUAGUCAACAUCCAGUAUUAUACUCCAUCAAGCUUAGAAGAAUACAGUAUUUUUAUGUAGGAGAAUGCUAACAUUUGGUAAUGUUUUGGUAUUUGAUGGUAAAUAUACCCUUUUUGGGUUACAAAUACAGUAAGAUAUGUUUUUUAUUUUAGGAAUAUUCACUGACAUUUUGUGUACUCACUAACAUCAUAGCAGUUUAGAUUUAACCAAAUCAUCUAUCAGUCAAGAUCAUCUGUAAUUUCACCUAUGUAAAUGAAAAUUCUUUUUUCUAGAAAUAGUGAGCGUAUUUGGGUU